AUGUUACGGGUUCUUGAAAGGGUUGCUGGAGCAAGUACGGGAUUAGUGGGCCGAAGGUCAAUUUCUAAGCGACUCCGAUCUAAUGGAGCAGAAAUCUUUAAGGGUGUUUCUUGUGUAGCAGAAUAUUGGUUAGAGGCUACUGAGCGAAUAAUGGAUGACCUUGAUGGUAUUGUGGAACAAAAGUUAAAAGGGGCAGUGCUUUUACUGCAAGAUGAGGCCUACCAAUGGUGGCUUACUGUAAGAGAAGGUACGCAGGCUGACCGUUUGACAUGGGACUUUUUCAAGGCGACCUUUCAAGGUAAGUAUGUGGGCGCAAGUUAUGUGGACACCCGAAGGAAGGAAUUUCUAAACUUGACCCAGGGGAAUAAGACAGUGGCAGAGUAUGAGGCGGAGUUUCUGCGGCCGAGUCGGUAUGCUUGCUGGAUAGUCGCAACUGAGUAUGAAUGUUGUGUGCUUUUCAAAGAUGGCCUUCCAGAUGAGUUGCAUGUGAUGAUAGCCUCGCAGAGGGAGCGAGACUUUAUGACUCUUGUUGAGAAGGCAAAAAUUACCGAGGAUGUAAAGCCCUCAGAACGCCAGAAUCGUGAAAAAGACCGAGGCAGAAAUAAGAGGGAUUUUGGGCCCUCAAGUUAUUUUGGAGGGCCUAUGUAA